AUGGAGGAUGGAAUUGUCGAGUCGCUGCUCUCGCGUAUGAGCUGCCCGAGAUGGCGUACCACUGCCGACAGGGCAAACAACACGAGGUUGCUGGCAGCCCUUGCUUUAAGGGGUGACGCGCGUUGCGAGUCAAACCGUGGCCAUGCCGGACAUGGCAGGCCGGGCCACCAUCACCCACCAGCAAAGCUGCUGGCUGACUGGGGGCUGUCUCGAGGUGAAUCGAGAAGGGACACGCAGCAUCUGGUCGCCGGACACCCGGGCCCGAUUGAGAACCCGCGCGUGCCCGCGUCAUGGCAACCACCAUGA